GGGGGGAGCACCGGAGCGGCCAAUGAGGCAGCCGGGGUCGGACCCGGUGUGCGAGGCUGGGGUGUAUAUAUAGCGUAUGGGGCACAUGCCUCCUUGGGGUGUCCAUCUCAAGGCGCGGUGGCCCGCUCGCACUCCCGCCCAAGGAGGAGCAUGCCUGGGCCCCAAGGCUGCUGGGGUUCCCCCUGACCCCCCAAGUCCAUCCCACGGAGCAAGACGCACCCGGGGAAACUUUCUGCCUCCUCAAUGGGCGGAUGAGUCAAGCGGUUCCUCCCUCCCUGGAUUACUUUGAGCUUCAUCCUGCUGGAAGAGAAAAGCUGGAGCCCGGGGGAAUGGUCAUCGGCUUGGGGAGCACGCGGGAGGAGUUCGGCUCUGACACCUGACGGCUCUGAACCUGGGUCCUGCCACGGCUGCACGGAAGAGCCCGCGGCCUCCGCGCACACGCGCGCGCCGGGGAGGGGGGGGAGGCAUAUUUAUUUAUUGAUUUGAUUUGAUUUAUAUGCGUCCCGCCAUCCUUCUUACAUUAUUUGUUGUGAAAGUUGUCGCCCACCCAACGAGUCCUCCGGGGAAAAGGGAAAAUUUUGAAAUUCCCUCGCGGAGACUCUGGGUGAUGAGGAGGAAGAGGAGGAGAAUAACCAGGGGCUUGCUGUGAGCCAGAGACCUUCUCUUUAAAGCAAAGCAGUUUUGCCCCGACGUUGCGCCGGGGUCAGUCUGUCCUCCUGACGUACCGUACCGCUGAAGCACCCGUCUGCCUGCCCACCCCUCUUCUGCGAAGAUGAUGCUCAAUUCGGACCAGACAGAGAUCGACCUGCCCCCGACACACUCCGAGUCCGAGUCCGUCUUCAGCGACUGCGGCGGCGGCCGCGCGGGCGGCGCGGAGGACGCCGGCGGCGUUGGCUUGUGCGCUCAGUCCCGGAUAGCCGAGCCGGGCGAGCCGGUGAAGAAAGACCUGCAGCACCUGAGUCGGGAGGAACGGCGGCGCCGGCGACGUGCCACGGCCAAAUACCGGACAGCCCACGCCACGCGGGAGCGCAUCCGCGUCGAAGCCUUCAACAUGGCCUUCGCCGAGCUGCGGAAGCUGCUGCCCACCCUGCCGCCGGACAAGAAGCUCUCCAAGAUUGAGAUCCUACGCCUGGCCAUCUGCUACAUCUCCUACCUGAACCACGUGCUGGAUGUCUGAGCCGCCCAGCCUGCGGCCGUCUGUCUGUCUGCCGUUAUCUCCUACCUGAACGUGUGCCGGGCAUCUGAGCCAAGAGCUCGAGUCCAUCUGUCCAUCUACGACCUGAACCACAUGUUGGGCAUCCAAAAUGCUGUGCCUGUGUUCGUCCGUCUGUUCAAAAGGAACAAGUCCCCAGCUGUCUGUUCUACCCCCUAUCUGAACCACGUUCUGUAUUUCCCCACCACCAAGCCCGCGUCUGUCUGUCUUUCCGUCCUGCUCGAGUCAAGCUGGACGUUUGGGCCAGGGGCCAUCUGUCUGUCCUGCUGGAUCUGCUGCCCGAAGCCUGUGCUGGCCGCGUACGCUCCCAGCUUCCGUCCGUCCUUCUGCUGCGCAUCCCACUGAUACUGCCGACGGGAUCCGGUGCCCGCACCCGUCAGUCUGUCCGCCACGCCUGCUCCCCGACCCGCGGCAGAAGCCACUGAGCCCCAGUCUGUCUGUGCGUCACCUCUUCCACAAGCCACAAAAAAAUGGACCCGUGAAAACGCUGCGGCGCCAAGCCACCCCGGGCUCUUGUCCGUCUGUCUGUCUGUCUGCGCCUUCCGCCGCCGGCCGCCCCACCAGCACGGCCAGUCUGGGCAUUUUGUCCGUUCGCUGCUGUUUUGUCCCUGGCAUCGUGCUGGCCACUUAAAGGCUCACGUCGGGACCGUCCUCUCCGCAGAGGGAGCACAGCCCAGGAGCGUCCUUGGGCAGGCACAGAGCAGCUCCUCCCGGCUCCUCGCGCCCCAAAAGUCAGCACAAAGCAUGGCGCAGACCCGGCACGACCUGGCCGCGCUUGCCACAGACGCCGGCGGCGGGUUCCCCUCGAGAUGGAGCCGAGAGGCGUGCUCCCUCGCUGUGCUCCCUGCAAGGUGCCCGGAGCAGCACCCGGGCUCUCUCCAAGCCCCCCCCCCCCCCCCGUUGCACCUCUGGUCUCCCCGCAGCUCCCCACUCUGCUCCCCACACCCGUGGGGCUCAGGUUUUGCUGCCCGACCUUCCUUUGCACUAGUGCACGACGAGUGUGAAACCCCCCCGGCCUGGCCCAUUGCACGACGAGUGUGAAACCCCCCCCGGCCUGGCCCGUUGCACGACGAGUGUGAAACCCCACCCCCGGCCUGGCCCGUUGCACGACGAGUGUGAAACCCCCCCCCGGCCUGGCCCGUUGCACAACGAGUGUGAAACCCCCCCAGGCCUGGCCCGUCGCACCGACAGACGCGACCCCCCCGCCGAGCACCAGCCCUCCCCGCGCAGCGCUUCGUCCCUCCCCACUCUUCCUCCCUCUCCCCUUUCCGUGCUCCUGGUGAAAAAGUCCCGAGUGGGGUCAGAAGCGUGGCGCAAGCCCCAGCACGGGGGGGACACCGGUGCUCAGCACCCCCAGCGCCGCGUCCCUUCUCGGCAACGCCGGGGCUGAUGUGCUGAUGGGCAGCCCCCGCCUCUCCCGUUUACACCAGUACGGCCCUGGUGCGGCGUGACCUUUCACGGCACGCGCUCUGCUGGGGUAAAACUGCACUUUACCUGCGGCUGGCAGGGCCGCGGGGUUGGAGAGGGGAGGGAGCAGACACGGCCCCUCUGCCCAGCUUCCAGCAGCCGGGGCUCUCCCCGGCCCCCCCCCCCCAACAUGGAUCAGCACUUUGGGAGAGGGAGGGGAGCGGGAAGGGGUAGCUGAGCCGAGCAGCCUUUUCUCCAGCAAAGGCACGCUGAGGCUGGGGAAAGCUCAUUGCAAGAGUGAAUGUUUUGCCUUGUUUUCUGGGUGUUUGUUUGUUUGAAGAGUUCGUUUUGCACUGGCAGUGGCAAGAGCACAAGCAGAGCCCCGGGCGGGGGACCAGGAUGGGGCAAAAACCUCUGGCUGUGCUUAGAGCCAACGCUCCAGGCCGGGAGCCUGCGGGGAAGGGGCUCGGGGCUGCUCCUCCUUGAGCCUCAUCACGAGCAGACAGUGGUCCGGCCCGCGGGGUAGGUGCUGGGGGAGAUGGACUUUGGUGUGCCAGAGAUGAACCGGCCGCCGUGAGAGGCUCGGUGCCACGUCCUGCCAACACCAGCAAACCCCCAGAGCCGGAACAGGGGGUCCCAGCAGCACCUGCCCCGCUCUGGGCUCCCACAUUUCCACUUUUUCGCCUCCCUGAGGUGUCGGUCGCUGCUCGGGCUGGGUGGCCGAGCCCCGGUUGGGCUUCCCGGCACCUCACAGACCUCCUGGCUCCAUCCCACCCCCGUCCCUGCCGCCAGCUCCCAGCGACCUCAUUUUCCCCCUCCCCAGAAAAGCAGGGAGAACGAUCGCUACCUCUGUCUCGCCAGGACUCACCGGGGAAUGUGGGAUCCCCGAGGGCUGGAGCGGGGACCCCGCAGCCGGGUCCCCCGUCACCGCAUCGCUCAGCGGGGCAGCGGCAGAGCAAAACAGAGCAGGGCAGCCCACCCUUCCUCCCCUCCACUCACCAGCCACGCCUCUGUGCCACGAGGAUAUUUAUUGAAUUAAUUUAUUGAUAAAUGUUAUUAUUUAUUUGCUGUGUUGUGCACUUUUGGGAAAGGAAAACUAGAAAACAAACAAACAAACAAACAAAAAAAAUAAUAAUGACCACGGCGGAAAACCAACCAACCCACCCUUGUAUGCGGUGUGCCCCAGCGUGUGUUUGUCUUGGCUGUUCAGACUGCAAGGAUUUAUUAUUUAUGAGUUCACAAGGAAGUCGGGGAGGGGGGAAAUGAAUUAAACUGCCAGCAAAAGAGAGA